AUGGUUAUUCAAUCUUCGUUGCAGCUAUGGGCUACCCAUAUGCACCCAGAUGACACGGAGGGAGCUAUUCGAGAGUCUCUUCGUCUGCUUCAACUCGACUAUGUUGAUCUUUACCUUGCGCAUAUGCCAGCCUGUUUCAAUCAUGACAUGUCGGCACAGAAUCAUGAAGUAACUGUACAAGAUGUAUGGCGCGGCUUGGAAGGUGUGUACAAGAAGGGAUUGGCGAAAGCGAUUGGUGUUUCUAACUGGAAUGCUGAGCAGAUUGAACGGGUCAUGAAAACAGCCACGGUUCCUAUUCAUAAUUGUCAGGUAGAGCUUUACCUUUACUGGCCUCAGCAUGAAUUGCAAGAAGUUUGCAAAAAACACAACAUUUCGGUCACUUCUUACGCAUCGCUGGGAUCACCCGGACGUGUGAACUUUUCUCUUCCUGGAGGAGUGAAACUUGACUGGGCUCCUGCACCAAAUGCGCUAGAAGAUGAGCACGUGAAGCAGUUGGCCAAGAAAUAUUCCAAAACUCCAGCUCAGAUUUUGCUUCGAUAUGUGAUGGAUCGUGAUAUUGCCAUCAUACCGAAGUCAGUGAGUCCGAAAAGAAUCGUUGAAAAUUUCCAGGUUCCGUUAUUCGACUUCUCAUUGACUGAUGAGGACAUCAAACUGCUCGAGUCAGCAAAACACCGUCAGAGGCUUUUCUUGCAAGACUUCAUGGAAGGUCACCCAGAAGAUCCGUUUGCCGCCGAAAGAAAACACUGA